AUGGAUGAUACGAGCGAAUCAACCGCUGUGACGGAUCAGCCUACUCCUCACAGUAAGAGCGAUCCUGAUACUGCCACUGACCACACAGAGGGAGACGCUAAGCCCAAGUUGGGCCUACCCGAGAGACAAUCUGACGAUCAACCGGAUCCUCCCAAGGGCGGCUUCGACCCCCAAGGGGCGAUGAACAAGCCUACUUACGCCGCCUGGACUCCAAACCAAUACUACUAUGAGCAUCCAUAUCCUUACAAUAUGGAGAACGGGUUCGACGGUGGCAUGCCCUAUUCUCCUGAAGACGGAAGCCACGACUUCCCAGGGAGAGCCCCUCAAGUCAGCGAGGUCUGUCAGAGGUUAAUGAAGACUCGAUUCUGCCGUUAUGGCGCUCAUUGCAAGUACGGCUCAAAAUGCUUCUAUGCUCAUAGCGAAGAUGAACUCCGCCAACGCCCUCCCCCUCCAGCGGGAUUCGCUCGUCAGAUGAGGCAAGAUUACAUCGAUCCACAGGCAUUCGAUCCGGCUCUAAUGCAGUUCGCGCCUCCUAUGGGUUUCCCCUCGCAUAUCGGCCAGUACCCUCUCACUGAAGUCCACUAUGAUGCUAAUCCAUAUAGAUGCGCCAUGAUGCCACCACCUCCAGGAGCCAAUCCGACUCCUCCAAGAAUCCAUCCCGGUGGAUUUCGUGUUCCCCCGGGAUUGAACCCGGGUGCCUACCCCGUGCCACCCCAUCUGGAAUCCCCUGCUCAUCACUGCAACGGUGGCCCAGCCGACCCACGUCACUUGGCCGCCGCCACUGGUACCCCCAAUGGCCAGGCCCCCAAUGACGAUACGGUGCCGCGACACGCCCUGCCCUCGCCCACCAACGAGAUGCUUGCGACCCCCCUCGCCGUAGCUGAACGGGUCUUCGGUCAGGCCGGUCUCAAGCCAGAGCAAAUUGCCAGUAUUCUGCGAGCAGCUCAACCAGUAUCUUAUGGUGACUAA